UCCUCACUAAGGGACCGCUCAGGGGCAGCGGCUCUGUGCCUCCCUCUCUGGGUUGCUGCUGCUGCUGACCUGAGAGUCGCCCAUUCCCCUGCUCUGCUGGCGGUGGCGGAGGACUCUCUAAGCGGUUUGCAAGAAUUUCUAAUGUGAAAGGAAAAAGCCAAGAAGCACCAAGGAGGUGCUGCUCUCCAUUGAUUGGCAUUGACCAUUCUGGGCCUUUCCCACAAGCACUGGGUGAAGAUGAGCAGCCUGUCUCAAGCAUGACGUCAUUGGCAAAUGUCAUUGCUUCCCACCAGUCGGAGUGGGUCUCCUUCAAUGAUGAGCUGCUCGUGCCGGUUACUUCGCAGGGUGGCACUGAAGAGCCUCUGGAAAAGUGUUUUUCCUCCUCCGAUACCUCCUCAGAAGACAACCAUAAUGUGGAUGGAGAGUUUCAGGACCUCUCACACACUGAGCUGAGUGAUGACGUGGACAAGCCUGGGGUGGACUCUGCAUCAGUGUCUCUGCUUGGGAACCAUGUGUGUCCCAAACCUGAACUAUCUUCAUCCAUCAGUAACUGGGUUCAAUUUGAAGAUGUGCCAUGGACCAGCACUUUACCAGCUCACAUACAAACAGGAAGGGGAGCUUCAUGCAAAGCCCUUCCAUCAGGAGCACCGUGCUGGACUUCUCCCUCCUCAGAUUAUUCUGAGAGACAACCCCUUGCCUCAGAGAGCAGCUGGACAACCAACUCAGAGGACACCAGCAGCCAAAGCAUUGCCCCCUCCUACACAGAUUUGCAGUCGAUAAAUACUGAGGACCUGACCAGUGGUGGGGCUUCUGCAGCAGACUCAGCUGACAAUUCCUCAUCUUUCCAGGAAGAUGAAGAGGUAGAUAUGGAGGCUGUCAACUGGCAGCUGAACAGCACGCCCAUGAAUGGGCACUCUCCAACCCCAACCACAGCUCGUUUCCCCAGCUGGGUGACAUUCGAUGACAAUGAAGUCAGCUCUGCUUCCCUCCAGAACCUUUCUCCCUUGAAACCAGACACCCCACCAAUAGCAACGCAGACUGCAGAUGUGAAUUGUAAUCUUGCUACAUCCUUUAAGAAGAGGGAGCGCCCCAGGAGCACAUUGUUGGACCUCACUAAAGUUCAAAAGCUAGAUCUUUCCUCCUUAAAUAGGCUGCCUUCUGUUGGAACACCCCCCUGGAGUGCUACUAAUCCCUUCCUGGAUGAGUCUCUGAGGGAUGUCCAACCCUCACCCAUCAACCCGUUCAGCUCAUUCUUAGAGGAACGAGAUAGGCAUUCCCACAGCUCCUCUCUCUCCAGCGCUCCACGCCAAAAGCAAAGAGACUCCCUUAUUAUCCUCUACCAAGAACCUGACACCAUCAGCUUUGAUGAGUCAAGCAAAAACGUAACCCACACAGAUGCUGUUGAGCAGCUCAAGCAGCUCCGUAUUGGAGAUCCAGAUCACCUGAACAGCCCAACUCUACCUGAUGAUGACCCCCUGAUGCCAUUUGAUGUGGAUGGCACAUUGUUGAACUUGGCCCCAUCUCAGCCCAAGGAUGGCUGGCCAAUGAUGCUCAGGAUACCAGAAAAAAAAAACAUCAUGUCAUCUAGGCAUUGGGGGCCAAUCUACGUCAAGCUGACUGCGAGCGGGUAUCUACAGCUUUUUUAUGAGAAGGGACUGGAGAAGCCCUUCAGGGAAUUCAAACUUGAGAUCAGUCAUGAGAUUUCAGAGCCCAAGCUCCAAAACUAUGAUGAGAAUGGAAGGAUACACAGCGUACGUAUAGACCGCACCAUCUACAAGGAGAAAAGGAAAUAUCAGCCUAAACCAGCAAUCAGCCACGCAGCAGAAAGGGAACAAGUGAUAAAGCUAGGCACUACUGAUUAUGAAGACUUUCUUAGUUUCAUCAGCGCAGUUCAGGAUAUACUAAUGGACUUGCCAGCCUCAUCAACAGAUCUGAGCACAGUGGGAUUAAACUACCAAGAGGAAGAAAUCACUGUUGAUGUCAAGGAUGAGUUUCAUGGCAUCUUGGCCAAAGGAGACAAUAGGAUUCUCCAGCAUAGCGUGCUGACACAUAUACAUGUUCUCAGCUUCCUUUCUGGCCUCGCAGAAUGCAGGCUGGGCCUUAAUGACAUCCUUAUAAAAGGGAAUGAAAUCGUUGCACGGCAGGAUAUUAUGCCCACCACUACCACUAAGUGGAUUAAGUUGUAUAACUGCCGGUUUCAUUCACGUGUGGACGAGGAAAUGUUUAACAGCUCCCACGUUAUCCAGUUUAAUCCCUUGGAUGCCUGCCGAUUUGAGCUGAUGCGGUUCAGGACUGUGUUUGCUGAGAAGACUUUGCCUUUCACUCUGAGAACAGCAGCCACUGUCAAAGGUGCUGAAGUGGAGGUCCAGAGCUGGCUGAUGAUGUCCACUGGGUUCUCCUCCAACCGUGACCCUCUAACUCAGGUGCCCUGUGAAAACGUGAUGAUCCGCUACCCAGUGCCAAAUGAGUGGGUGAAAAACUUCCGCAGAGAAAGUGUCCUGGGAGAAAAGUCUUUGAAAGCCAAGGUGAACAAGGGUGCCAGUUUUGGGUCAACCAGUGUGUCUGGUUCUGAGCCAGUAAUGAGAGUAACUUUGGGAACUGCCAAAUAUGAGCAUGCUUUUAAUUCUAUUGUAUGGAGGAUAAACCGACUGCCUGACAAAAACUCAGCUUCUGGCCAUCCUCACUGCUUCUUUUGCCACCUGGAGCUUGGCUCUGACCGGGAAGUGCCUUCCAGUUUUGUCUGCUAUGUGGACGUGGAGUUUGACAUGCCCACCACUUCAGCAUCCAAAGCCACUGUUCGGUCCAUUUCUGUAGAGGACAAGAGUGAUGUCAGGAAAUGGGUCAACUAUUCAGCACACUAUAGUUACAAGGUGGAAAUAGAACAGAAAAAGGACUUGAAUCUUGAUCUGAAGGGAGCAGAAAUUGAAAAUCCCAAGGAUUGUGCCAUGCAGUGAAGGAAGACCCAUGGGAGGAGCAGUAAUGUCAACGGACCCAGCUGAAGAGAACUGCAACACCUAGCUUCUGCUGUAAGAAGUACAAAGCAGUACUUUAAAAAAAAAUGCUCUUCAGUGUGACUGUGUCUUGAGUUAUCUGGCUCACUAUUAUCUGUAUUUUGGCAGGAGGUUCAUUGACGGUUUGUUUAGAAGAGCUUAGGGAUUUGCUGGAACAUUUUAUAUUCAUCCAGUGUAUUGACAGAAAGACUUACACUACAUUCAAGCCUGCCUUCCUUUCUGCUUCUUCACCAUUUACCUUUCUGCACUGAAGUAUGUUAUGUCGACAACUGCAGCCAAAACAAAAAGCUACCCUGACCUCGCUUACAGUCUUCUCCUAUCAUUUGAAUGUUUUCUUGUAAACUGGUGGUUUGGUCAUCAGCAGAGCCUUCCUUGUGAUCUGCAGAAUAAAACUUUUUGACAGCUAAGCAUUGCGGGAACUAGGGAGCAUCAAGGGGAAAAGUGGUGCAUGAAAAGGUCUUCCUUUUAUAAAAUAGUCAACAGAAUAAAAAUUUCCCUACAUCCAGAACAUAGUGAACACCAGGGAAAUAAACACAAAAUAAUAUAGCUGAUUAUCUGACUCUUCCCAGUCCCUUUUCUUAUCUCAUCCUCUAAAUCCGAACACUAAAGUAAUGCACAUUUUAAUAGGAUCUUGACUAGUCCUGAGAAAAAUUCAUUUGUUCUUAAGGUUUUCACUUGCUGGUCAGGUUUAUGGAGGGAGGGCUAGCUCAGUGGUUUGAGCAUUGGCCUGCUAAACCCAGCGUUGUGAGUUUAAUCCUUGAGGAGGC